GUGUCAACUUACCUGAGAAAGACCAAGGUCAUUUGUGUUGGCUGUAAACCUAAAUCAUUGACCUCAUAACCCAAUAGCAGUUUUAAAACGAAAGAUUAUGCCUUUAUAACCUUGCGGUUAACUCCUCAACUGGGUUAUUAACCCCACUGUUGAUUACCUCACACACUAAUCACAUGACUCAGGCAGUUAUAAAGGCAGAUCUAAUCUGUGGUUUAUUUCUAAGAAACAUGUAUAUGCAUGUUUCCAGCGAAGAAGGAAAAGUGAAAGGCACCACAUGAACACCAGACAACGUUAAAUACAAGGAUCAGUGUUUAUCCAGAUUAGUCCCUGCCCCUUCUCCCACACCACCCCGACCCGGAGUCACGCUAGUGACGCUUCACCAUUCCCUGCUCCUGCCUCAGCCAUAUUGAAAGAGCAGUUUCCGAGUUUGGCUGCACGGGAAGGUGGCAGAAAAACUUUCAAGUGACGCUUUUUGAAUUUGGAAUUAAAAUAAUAUACCCGUUGGAAAAUUUACCAGAGAUUGUCUACAGCCGUCGAUCGGUUGCUUUGAGGCAUCUGAAAGAUGGUGGACCGCUUGGCGAAUAGUGAGGCCAACUCUAAGCGCAUCGGGGUCGUGGAAGCAUGCUUUGGCACAGCAGGUCAACCGCUGGUUAUUCCAGGUCGAGUGCUCAUAGGAGAGGGUGUUCUCACAAAGCUGUGCCGCAAAAGGCCCAAAGCCCGACAGUUCUUCCUCUUCAACGACAUUCUUGUGUACGGCAACAUCGUCAUCCAGAAGAAGAAGUACAAUAAGCAGCACAUCAUCCCUCUGGAGAGCGUCACCAUUGACACGGUAGAGGAUGAGGGCGACCUGCGCAACGGCUGGCUCAUUAAAACGCCCACAAAAUCCUUCGCCGUCUACGCCGCCACAGCAACGGAGAAGUCUGAGUGGAUGAGCCACAUCAGCAAGUGUGUCUCGGACCUACUAGAAAAAAGCGGGAAAUCUCCCACCGGUGAGCACGCAGCUGUCUGGGUGCCUGACUCUGAGGCGACCGUGUGCAUGCGGUGCCAGAAGACGAAAUUCACCCCCGUCAGCCGGCGCCACCAUUGCCGGAAAUGCGGCUUCGUUGUGUGUGGCCCCUGUUCGGAGAAGAAGUUCCUGCUUCCCAGUCAGUCGUCCAAACCGGUGCGCGUGUGCGAGUUCUGUUACAAGCAGCUCUCCUCGGGCGCCACCCUACCGUCCCACUCGGACUCCUACAGCCGUCCGGAGAUUUCCAGUAACAACAUCUCGGACGACGACGAUGAUGAUGACAGCAGUGACUGAGGGUCACUUUUAGGAAUAUUGACAAUCUGCAGAUCAUAUCCCAUUAUUUUAGUCUAAUUUUCAUUCAGGGUUUGCAAAGGUUCCUGUGGCAAUAACACUUUCCCAAAACAAUUAGAUGCCCUUGUGCAUAUGAACAAAAGGUUUGAUGGGAAUUGUUCCUGCGUAUUAAUGAACACUACUUGUCGGCUCUCUCUACUUUCACAUUAAAGUCACUCUCAUAGUCCUUUUUAACCUCUUUCAUGUAGAUGCAUUUCUUGGCAAUGGUGCUCCUUCAUCUUCUUUUCAACUUUUUUUUCCCCUUCAUUUUUUGUUACCGUAUUUUUACUGAGUGGUGCUGCUAUCCGCUGGAGGAAGAGAAUGUUGGGUAAUGUGAUUGCAGGCUGUUCCUAGGCAUACACUCCCUCAGGUGAAACGGUGUAGUUUUAAACGAGGAGCUGCAUUUAAUGCUUUGAACAACUAACCACUAACAAACCGUGAAAGCUUGCGUUCGGGUGAAGAUCUUCUGUUUCUCACUUUGCUCAGUGUCUAGUAAUUGCAAAUGACAAAUCAGAUAGACGCUACUAAGCUUGUAAAUGCAUGUAUAUAAUGCUGUGGUGCAGGAAGUCUGUUGCAAAGUUCAUCUGACAAGGUCAUCACUGCCUUAGUGCCUUCUUAUUUAUCCUCAGGAUCGAGAAAUGAGAAACUAUUUAUGACUUUCUUUGCUUUGAGACACCGGCCUUUAUCUGAUGGCACAUCGCAUGACGUAUUCUGUUGAGAGGUGCACAGGUACCAUUGAGUGACCAUUUUUUUGCAGUUCUGGUCAAAAUUAGUUGAGUCGACAGUUUCAGUUGCGUACAGUUCAAAUCAUUAUAAUAUCUCUGUCCAAAUAGCUUUUGGACAUUCCCAUGAUUCCAGCUGUAGUAUUUUGUGACAUCCUGCAUCUGUAGUCCACAUGCCCUAAACUAUGCUGGUAUCUCUCCAGCCAUGAUUUCAACUCUAUACAAAUUAGCAUGCGGCCCACAGGAAUCACUAAGGCGAAGGACGUGCUAUCCAUUCCACCCGCCCUCUCUCAUUGGGUUCUUUGUGUUAGAGAAGUCACAUGUUGGGUCUUGACAGUCAAUUCUACAUGUUUUGAACGGGAAUCGAAAGCAUUAUGAGGAAGCGACUGUCACACAGCCGCCUUUUGUUUAGUUUUUUAUGGCUAUUCGACACAAGAAAAACUGCACUAACAACUUUCCAAAGUGGUGUGUUGUUUUAAUAAAUGACUCUGUUAGACACUAUAGAGAGAUACAGUAGUAUAUUUCAUCAACGAUCUGCCAGGUUUACAGUGGUUUUUACUUCUACACAAGUCAAGCUGGUGGGAGAAGAAGCUAUACUGCUUGAGAACUCCUCUCAGUACUGAAUACUUGAUCACCUGCUAAGAAUGGCAUAUUUUGUUUGUGUCAGAAUAAUAAAACUGACAUUGAAAAGGGAUAUUUAAUUAACCUAACUCUGGCUAAAAAGUCCGCUCAGACCAUCUAGUUCAAAUGCAGUUACAGAUACACUUAAGCGAAAAGUUUUUUUUUUUUUUUUUUGCUUUUACACUUUUAUGUGAUACUUAUAAAUAGGUUUACAGUGAUUGACUCAAGGUAAUUAUCUAAUCUUGCUUUUGGAAUGUAACGUUAGAUUCCAGGAUAAUUAUAUGUGGCAUAAUGUUUGAGUUAAUGAAUUGGUCUAAUCGUUACAAAUUUAACCUGAGAUGAUUUGUUUUAAUUUUACUUGUAUGUUGUAAUAUUCUGCUUCAGUUGUAAUAUUCUGAGAUGAUUUUGUUUUUGCAUGUUGUAAACUUUUGUGUAUAUAUAUUUUACUCUUAGUUGGGCUUGCUGCUUUUAGUUUUUUUUCAUAGCGUUUCCCUGUGGUUCAUGUGUGCAUUUCCUGAACACCUCUGGAUCAGCUUACCAGCACUUUACUCUCUCUGCAAACCACGAGAGGGGUGGGGCCUGAUUGGGGAGGGGCUUGGGUAUGAUGUGGGCGGGGACUACAUGUCUUUACAAAUCUGGCCUUCAAAUACAAGAGAAUAGAUCUGAGUAGAGGAUAAUCAGGAUUGACAUUUACUUUCCAUUUGUUUCCUUUUGUGAUUUCUUGAACAUGUAAUUUAUGAUUCCCUUGUUCUUGGAUGGAUUUUGGGGAUUUUCUGUUUCUUGUACAUUUUUGCCAUUUUUAAUUCUCAUUUAAAACUCUGAAAGGGCUGAAAACUGAACGUAAUCCAUCGUAUUAUCAUUAUUAGAUACUAAUUUUGAGAAAUAUAUGCAUCGCUUAAA